AUGAGGUCCAUUCUUGCACACGCCCUGGUGCAGGCCUCUCUUCUCUCCAUUACCUCCGCUUCCCCAGCUCCAACUGCUUUUGUCAACAAUGUCGCCCCGGCCGACCCCGUCGUCACACCUUCCCCGGUCGAGCGUAAUCCUUCUCCCGUUGUUGCCCGAAACAUAUUGAGCGAUGUUGAAUCUGGUGCCGCCAACGUCCUUUCGGACCUUGGCUCUGGCCUACCUUCGUGGGUCGCAUCGGGAGUGCCCAACUUCUUCCAGGGUUUCCCGACUGGAGACGCGGUUGUGAAAUCCCUCGGAUUGGACGACGACCAAUUGAAAGCAUUGCCAACCAAUGUGUUGAACAUCCCCCCAUAUGCCAAUUGGACCAAGUCAGGCUGGAACGUUCGCUUCCACGGAAACGUUUAUAAGCAGCCAAACACCUCUGUCUCAAAGUUGAACGACCUGGCCGAUAUCUUCCUCGUCGACACUAGCAUCUCAGAGCUUCCUAAAUCCCAGCAGGCCCAGGCGCGUAACCUGACUGCCGAAAUUUUUGUUGUGCAGCAGCCAGAGGUUGCCGUGAACAAGAUUCAACUCAAGCCUGCAAAGAGCCAGGGCUCCAGCGGAGAGCCAGGCGGCGGCGGAUCAUCCAAGACAACGGGUGGAAAGCAGGUCAUCACUCUGCCUUAUAACACAACAGUCGAGGGUGAUUUCGACACCUUUGUGCAGAUCGACAGCAAUGGUCUUACUGCGGGAAAUGAAACCAAAAAAAUCCAGAGACUGGACACUCAUGUCCAGGGCGCAAGCAUCGGAAAUUCUACCGCCUACCUUGUGCCUCCCAAGGGACUCACUUUCAUUUCCGACAUUGAUGAUAUUCUGCGUGUCACCAAGAUUUAUCAACCGGCACAAGGGUUGCUCAAUUCUUUCGCCCGUCCAUUCACGGCCUGGCAAAAGAUGCCGGAAAUCUACAGCAACUGGUCCACCAGCCUUCCCGAUGCGCAUUUCCACUACCUUACUACCACCCCUGAGCAAGUCACGAGAAACUACAUGGAGUUCAUCUACGACAACUACCCGGGCGGCUCCUUCGACACCCGUCCCCUUAACUUCAGCGACGUCUCCGCCACUUUAUCAAUCCGCAAGUUCUUAUUGGAAAAGAUCUUCGAAACCUUCCCCGAGCGCAAGUUCAUUUUGAUUGCCGACACCAGCAACAGCGACGUGAUGCGCGACUAUCCCAAACUAGCCACCGACUUCCCCGGACAAGUUCAGUGCAUCUUCAUCCGCAACACUUCGGCAACCGAUACGGGCGACAAGUUCCCAUACGACACGUCCGGAUUCAAGAAGUUGAAGCAGUCGAUGUACAUGUUCUUCGUGAACUCGGCUGACCUGACCAACUUGGAUAUUGCAAAUGGACAGUGCUACAACCAGUCGAUUCCUCAGAAUCUGACAUUCGGCUACCAGGGCCUGCCACUUGGACUGGGUGGUAAACCCACUGCAGUCAACGGGUCGGCAAACCACACCGGAGCUGCUAGCGGUCUGUUGACCAAGGAAUCAGCUGGUGUGCAGGGAUUGAUGGCAUUUGCUGCGGCGAUGUUUACGGCCACCUUUAUGUUUUUAUAG